UUGUACACCCUGCGCCAGUUCUCGUUUGUGUGUGUGCCCUUAUCGCUUUGAUGCUCUCGUUGCUCCCGUAUUCCCGACCCGGCUCGAUUUUGCAACUUGCAACUCUGAUGUACAGUACGCUUGAGACGGAACACACCUCAUAAGUCUUUGCAUUUAUGUACACACAAGCUAUCAAAAUGCCGGUCCAAAAAGAUUCGAGUAUUGUAAAAAUCGCUGUUCAGAUGACGGAUCAAGUACCACAGCUAAUUGAAUUUAAUCAAAAGCAACCUCUAACUGGAAUUAUACAGGAUUUAUGUAACGGAUGGGGUUUAUCUGAUGCUGAAUCUUACUCCUUACAAUUUUCUGAAAGUAACAAUCAGAAUUAUAUCACAGAGAAAAACAGAAAUGAAGUAAAAAAUGGUAGUAUUCUAAGAUUAGAGUUUUCACCAUCAAAGACAGCAAGUGAUAUUUUGGCAAAGCUUAAUAAUGGAACAAUAGAAGAAAAAACAACAGCUUUGGAGAAGCUAAGUAUACUUAGCACAGACAUGACAUUUGCAUUGGAAUUCAUAAACAAAAAAGGCUUAGCAUUAAUAAUUUCACAAGUGGAAAGUGGAAAAUAUAAAGGAAAUGCACUUGCAUAUUCCCUUGGAUCAUUUGUUGAACUGAUGGACCAUGGAAUUGUAUCAUGGGAUAUAUUAGAGACACCCUUCAUUAAUAAAGUAGCAAGUUAUGUGAACAAUCAGUCAGUAGCUCAGGAUAAUAGUAUUGUAGAAGCUUCUCUGAGUAUUUUAGAGAAUAUAGUCUUGAAUUCGACAGGAAAAUAUGGACAAGUGGAGAAAGAAGUCACUUUUCCCAAUCUUGUGAUGCAUUUGCAAUGCAUGAAUCCACAAAUUCAACAAAAUGCCAUAGCUCUGAUAAACGCAUUAUUUCUGAAAGCUGAUUUGUAUAAGAGACGUGCGGUUUCCGCCACGUUGCAAUCCAAACAAGUCAGAAAUGUUUUCUUGACGAAUAUCAUCCAAUCUACUGGACAAGUUGGAACAGAAAUGGCACAUCAACUCUAUGUGCUGCAAACGCUAAUGCUGAGUCUUUUGGAGCAAAGAAUGAUGACAAAGAUGGACCCGCAGGAUCAAGAUGCGCACGAUAAGAUUAAAGAACUUCGAAAGAUUGCUUUUGACACUGAAGGUGCGACCAGUGGGGACGUAACCGCUCGCAAACAGGGACUUUUUGCUAAGGAUUACAAAAAAUUAGGCUUCAAAUAUGACAUCAACCCGGCGCUCGACUUUACUGAGACUCCACCUGGCAUGCUUGCGCUCGAUUGUAUGGUGUACUUUGCACGCAAUCAAACUGAAGCUUACACAAAAGUUGUUCUCGAAAAUUCAUGCAGGGCGGAUGAGCACGAAUGUCCGUUCGGGAGAACAAGUGUGGAACUUGUUAAAUUACUUUGCGAAGUGUUACGUAUAGGUGAAGCACCUAGUGAACAAGGACAAUCUUACCAUCCAAUGUUCUUCACACACGAUCAUCCUUUUGAAGAGUUCUACUGCGCCUGUAUUGUUCUUCUAAAUAAAACAUGGAAGGAAAUGAGAGCGACCACAGAGGAUUUUGUUAAAGUGUUUUCUGUCGUGCGGGAGCAGAUAACAAGAGCGCUUUACUGUAAACCUACAGGACUUGACAAGUUUAAAAGUAAAUUACAACAGCUGCCUUAUUCAACAAUUACAAACUUAUGGCAGCAGGAACGAACAAACCGUGAAGAAUGGGAAAGCCACGCAAGACCGAUUGUUGAGCUCAGAGAGCAGAUAACUCCUGAGAUUUUGGAGUUGAUUCAGCAACAGCGAUUGGGAUUUUUGGUGCAGGGUACUAGAUUCAUGAAGUAUAGUGCAAGAGGACAAAGAAUCAAGGACAAAUUCUGGUAUGUCCGUUUAUCACCGAACCACAAGGUUUUUCAUUACGGUGACUGUGAUGAAAAGUCGGUGCCGACAAUAGAUGAACUCCCUACAAAGUUAGCGGUAGUCGAAAUACGUGGAUUGCUGAUUGGUAGAGACUGUCCGCAUAUGAAAGAUUUGCAGAGACGUAAAACCACCCAUCAGUUGGCGUUCUCGUUGGUCCUCGAUUCUGUUGAAGUGUCGAGUCUCGAUUUUGUCGCACCUGACGAGCAAGUUUUCGAUUAUUGGACUGACGGCAUCAAUGCAUUACUCGGAAACAGAAUGAUCAGUAAGGAAACUGAAAAUGAUUUGGAGAUACUGUUAUCAAUGGACAUUAAAUUACGACUUCUUGAUGCCGAAGGUAUCGACAUUCCGCAAGAUCCACCUGCAAUUCCCGAGCCACCGCCAAAUUAUGACUUUUGUUAUGAACUGAAGUAAGGUGUUAUUAAUUUAUUAUUAUAGAUCUUACGUUGCUAUAUAUUGAUUUUAUUAAUUGUCAUCAAUCUUUAUACAUAUAUCAAUUUUUAUAUUUUUUCUAAUCUGUUGUAUAUUUUUCCUUUAUAAUAUACACAGACCUAGACAUAUUCUAUCAUGUUUCAAUCUCGUGCAAGAAUAGCAAACCGAAAUGUUUUUUUACAUAUACAAGUUUGUAUAAACAUAUUUUGUUUUUACAAACUGCUUAUAACUGUCCAUAAUCGUAUACAUUAGUGCUAUCAUGUCUAGUUCUUUUACACAAUACUUGAAUUAAUUUCAAGAAAGAAUGUUACACUAUCAUCGCGAUUUAUUACUGUAUAAUAAAUUUGAUUUUAUAUGUAUAUUUAUAUUAUCAAUAUUUUUUUAAUAAUCUAUGUAAUUAGAUUAGAAUGCGAUGUAAUUUUAAAUAAAGUCUAAAAGAUCA